AUGGCUGAACGCCAGAAGAUCAUCGAGUCGAACCGGUCUCUCCGGCUCAUUAAGAAUGAGCUGGAAAGCCUCCUAGAAAAGGGCGUCAUCGGCGACGAUGUGUUCGACAGCAUCUCCCGCCUCCUGCCCGCCGAGUCCUCGCUCUCCAGCGCCGGCACGCCCGCUACACGCACCGCGGGUUUCCCUACCCCAGCAUCCACCGCCAGCGCAACGCCGGCCUCGCCGCAGCCUCCCGCCGCCGGCUUUGCCAACCUCAACCUGAACAACAAUAGCAGCAGCCACGAGCCCCCCUCCUACACCCAGUCCACCGGCACGCCGUCCGUCCAGGCCCAGGCCCAGGCCGCGCACCCGCCGCCGCCGCCUCCGCCCGCAGGCAAGCCGGUGAUCGCGCACGCCCGCGCGCUGUACAAGUAUGCCGCCUCGGACGCGCGCGACUGCUCGUUCGAGCGCGACGACCGCAUCGCCGUGCACGAGUACAUGAACGCGGACUGGUGGAUGGGGCGCAACCUGCGGACGGGCUCCGAGGGCAUCUUCCCCAAGAACUACGUCGAGCUCGACGUCGCGCCGCCGCCGGGCCCUCCCCCGCCGCAGAUGACGCCCGCGGGCUACCCCGUGGACGAGAAGGCCGGGUACAACGGGUACCAGCCGCCCGCGCAGCCGCAGUACGGCGGGUAUCCGCCACCCCCGGGACAGCAGAACCCGUACAAUAGCAACGUCCCCCCUAUGGCGGUGGCGGAGCAGGGGUCCGGGUCUGGCCAGGGCGGCGAUGGCAAGGUGGGCGAGUACGGCAAGAAGUUUGGCAAGAAGUUGGGGAAUGCGGCCAUCUUUGGUGCGGGUGCGACGAUUGGUGGAAACAUUGUCAACUCGAUCUUCUAA